AUGACGGAUCAAUCAAAAUGGAAGUUUAAUCACACCAUGCUCCGGGUGAAAGACCCGCAGCGCUCUAUCGAGUACUAUAAUCUCCUGGGUUUGAACUUGAUUAACAAGCUGGACUUUCCUGACAACAAGUUUUCUUUGUAUUUCCUAGCCUAUGAUGGCCCUUCCUCCGCCUCGAAAGAUGCGCAUUGGACCGAUCGCGAGGGUGUUAUUGAGCUCACACACAACUACGGUUCCGAAUCGGAUCCGGAAUUCACCAUCAACAACGGCAACAAAGAACCCCACAAAGGCUUUGGCCACAUUUGCAUCUCAGUCGACAAUAUCCAAGCUGCAUGCCAACGCAUUGAAGAUGCCGGGUAUAAAUUCCAGAAGAAGUUGACCGAUGGACGCAUGCGGAGCAUCGCCUUCGCUCUGGACCCCGAUGGAUAUUGGGUGGAAGUCAUUGGUCAAAAGCCGGUGGAGCAGACAGAAGAUAUAAAGACAACAGAGACGAGCACUUACAGGAUGAACCACAGCAUGAUCCGUGUCAAGGACCCAGAAAAGUCAUUGAAGUUUUACCAAGAAGUCAUGGGUAUGUCACUCAUGAGGACUUCCGAACAGAAGGCUGGUGGCUUCACUUUAUAUUUCUUGGGAUACCCGGGCGACUAUGGAAUUCCGAAACCAGAAGACUCUCCUAAUGGGGUGAACCCACUAGCUGGGAAAGAGGGUCUGCUUGAACUGACCUGGAACUAUGGAACCGAAAAGGAGGAAGGUAAAGUAUACCACAACGGCAAUGACCAGCCUCAAGGGUUCGGACACAUUGCCAUCAGUGUGGACGACUUGGACAAAGCGUGUGCGUUCAUGGAGGAGAAGGGAGUCAACUGGAAGAAGCGGCUCACAGACGGUCGGAUGAAGAAUGUUGCCUUUGUUCUGGAUCCGGAUGACUAUUGGGUUGAGAUCAUCCAGAACGAGAGACUCAAGAAGUCGACAAAUUGGUGA